AAAGAGAAAUAGAACUAUAGAAUCACACAUCUCUCUCUCUCUCUCUCUCUCUCUCUCUCUCUCUCUCUCUCUCUCUCUCUCUCUCUCUCUCUCUCUCUCUCUCUCUCUCUCUCUCUCUCUCUCUCUCAGACACACACACACACACACAAACAUGAACUCUACAUAGGAGCUGAUAAGCUGCAUAAGCUAUAAAUCCCUCAAGCCAAUUUGUUCAUCGAUCUCCCUUCGUUUUUCAGAAAUUCUUGUUCGUUUUUAAUGCCAAUAAAUUAAGAUUUGUACUGCUUUAUGAUCUGUCAAGUUUCAUCCCCAUUGAUCCUCCUCUCUGAUUAAUAUCUGUCAAAUUGGAGUAGUGUGGAUCUAUCUUCAUCUCUAGCUCUUUCUUCCAAACUCUAAAGAUGACAGUUCGUAGAACAUCAUCAUCAUCAUCAUCAGCACCAGAUGAAGUUUACAAUAGGAAUGAUAAUGUUGCAGGUGGCAGAAGCAGCCUAGCUAGGUCAUGACUUGCCCUCCUGGGAUAAUGGCCUUUUUCCCAAGCAAUUUCAUGCUUCAAACUCCUCCUCAUGAAGAUCACCAUGAACACCAACCUCCCUCCUCCCUCAACCCAAUCAAUCUUACCUCUAAUUGCACCCGGCUACAAGAUCACUUCCACGGAGGCGUUGCAUCGUUUUUGGGGGGGAAGAGAUCCUCCAUGUCAUUUUCAGCAGGGGUUGAAGUGUGUGAAGAUACAAACGGGGAGGAUGAUCUAUCGGAUGAUGGAUCACAGGGCACAGGGGAGAAGAAGAGGAGACUCAACAUGGAACAGGUGAAGACCCUCGAGAAGAACUUCGAGUUGGGCAACAAGCUGGAGCCCGAGAGGAAAAUGCAGCUGGCUAGAGCCCUGGGCCUGCAACCAAGACAGAUUGCCAUUUGGUUCCAGAACAGGAGGGCAAGGUGGAAGACCAAGCAACUCGAGAAAGAUUAUGAUCUCCUCAAGAGACAGUUUGAAGCCAUCAAAGCUGACAAUGAUGCCCUUCAAGCCCAGAACCAGAAACUUCGUGCCGAGAUAAUGACUCUGAAAAGCAGAGAACCCACUGAAUCAAUCAACCUCAAUAAAGAGACUGAUCAGGGCUCUUGUAGCAAUAGAAGUGAGAAUAGCUCUGAUAUUAAGUUGGACAUCUCAAGGACACCUGCAAUUGACAGCCCAUUGUCCACCAACCCAACAACCACAAGUAGACCUCUCUUCCCUUCAUCCUCAUCCAUGAGGCCUUCAGGGGUGGCCCAACUCUUCCAAAGCCCACCAUCAUCAAGGCCUCAUGACCUCCACAAGAAUAUCAUUACUGAUCCAACGGCUGUCAAGGAAGAAAGCUUUUGCAACAUCAACAUGUUUUGCGGCAUUGAUGAUCAAUCUGGGUUUUGGCCAUGGCUAGAGCAGCAGCAUUUCAAUUGAUAUGAUGAUCAUCAAGGCAACCCAUCUCUUCACUUCGCUACCCCUACUUAAAAUUUCCAUCCCAUGCGUACCUUGGAAUAUGCCCACCGGCUUCUCAUUCAGAAAUUGAUGCAAAUUACAUUACUGUUAUAUUUUUAUUAUCAUUAUCAUUAUUAUUAUGCGUUUAAAUUAAAUUCAUGUUUUGUUAUUUAGAUUAUUGGUGUAUAAAGUAGAAUAUUAUUAUAUGAAGUUAAAACCCUGAUGGGCUUCAUGCAAAAACUUUAUAUUAUAUAUAUUUAUAUGGAGGAAUAAAGGAGUAUUGGGUCUUUAA